CAACUCUUUAUAGAAGUAACAAGAAAUAUCGAAUGGAUAACAAAAUAUGAAGAUAUACGCAAAUAGCUAGCAAAAAAUUCACAGUUGAACGUGAGCCGAAUUAGUAGGGUUAGCUAAAUUAGCUGGCUAGUUAGAUAGUUAGCUAGCUAGACUAGCGACAGUAAAUCUAGCUAUGUUAAGAUUUAGCAUAGCCUUUAUUCCUUUAUACCUAUUUUAUCUUUUAGUCAGAAAUGUUUACAGAACUUUAACGCCGUAUCUACGAAUACUGUGUUAUUUUGUAUGCGUUUAAGUUGCUAGCUAGCAAAUGUGAAAGCCGAACUAACAAGCGUUUCAAAGGUUUAGACAACUUUCACCCACACGGCCCCGCCCAGUUAUGUGUUUGUGUAACAGUAAGAAACAUCUGGUUUGUGUGUGUGUGUUUGUGUAAAUGUUUGUGUAAAUGUGUGUGUAUUGGCUUUAUCUAGUCAUGACUGAGGUCCACUAACACAUAACUUCAUAACAUUAUUAUUAAUCUUAUUAUUAUUAUUAUUAUUAUUGUUGUUGUUGUUGUUGUUUCAUUUAGUAGUUGUCGCUCCAAUUAGGGUUGCCAUGAUGCCAGAAUUUUGGCAAAAGUAGUUAAUUUAUUCCUCCUGAUCACUGGCAUAUCACAUUACAAAUUAGGUUUACACUUAGAAUAGAAAACAAUAGAAUAGAGUUUUAUCAAAAUAGAAAAUAAUAGAUUAUAAAUGGUUUCUUAGAGAAAAAGUGUCAUCUUUUGUCAUGGCACUAUAAACUAAAGUUUUAUGCAUUUACAAAAUACUAUACUUUCUAUCAAGAAUGCAGACAAAAUGAAGCCAUGACUGUGAGUGGUCAUAAAAGUCAGAGGGUGGGACAAACAGUGGUGAUCAGGGAUUGGUCAUUGGGAACAAUGAUAAUCAGGGAUUGGUCAGUGAGAAACAGUGGUUAUCAGGGAUUAGUCAUGGAUAACAAUAGUAAUCAGGGAUUGGUCAUUCAGAAACAGUGGUGAUCAGGGAUUGGUCAUUGGGAAAAACUGGUAAUCAGGGAUUGGUCAUUGGGAAAAACUGGUAAUCAGGGAUUGGUCGCAAGCUCAACAGAGUCAGGUAUUACAUACUGAUGGUGAGUCAAGUGAACCUGCUCAGAUAUCUGCCGCUGUGAGUUUAAGUCACUGAUGUGCACUUGAAAAGUCGCUAGAUUUGUCGCUAGACUCUUUUUUGAUUACAAUAGCUAAAGGGGUCUGAAAAGUCACCAGAUCUAGCAGCAAAAAUUUGGCACCAGGGGUGUUAGAGUUUGAUAAAUUUUCAUGAUCUGACAACUCAGCCUAAAAAUAUCAUGGUGUUAAUCAACCGUUUUAAAAUGUGUAAGUCGGGAUGAAACAAUUUAUUAUUAAGUCUUUGUACAAAAGUCUUUUUGCACAUCCUUGUAAAUAUGACAAAAACAAAAGGAAACGAAAACAUCAAAUCCUCCAGUUGUUGUUCUUUCUUAGAAAAAUAUUUCUGAGAAUGAAUUUUCCAGGAAAUAUUUAUCAAGUUGUCAUUAUGAACUGAAUGAGAGGGUUGCAGGAAAAAAAAAGGAGCACUGAACCAAAGAAAAAGAGAUCGUUGUUUUGAUCAGCAAUUCCUUGUUCUUCUGUGUGUCUCAUAGGCAUCAUGAAUGGUAAAGUUACAAAUGUUAGAUAUGGCAACAGUGGUAGGAAUGUGAUGUGUUUAAAAGUAGCAGGUUGUACAGCCACAUUCACUGCUCAGAGAAAUGGAGGUAGUGCUGCAGUAUGAUUUAGGGACCAGAGUGAGAGGGUUACAAAAUCCAACCUACACUUAUCGGCAGCCGACAAAAGGAACUAGAGCCUCUGGAGUGAGGAACUUGACUGGAUGGCAUGUGGUGACAUGCAUAAAUCCAAUCCUGAUGAGUAUCCAUUCUCCAGAUGUAUGGCUGAUAUGGAGAAGGAGAGGGAGUCGUACCUAAGCCCUACAGAAAACCCAUCCACGCUUAGUGUUUCAUCCAGCGUCCAAGCAGAGCAGCAAGGCUACGAUGUUGACUUUGACCCCCCACUGGAGAGCAAGUAUGAGUGUCCCAUCUGCCUGAUGGGUCUAAGGUCAGCCGUGCAGACACCAUGUGGUCAUCGCUUCUGCAACGGCUGUAUUAAAAAAUCAAUCAGGGACACGGGGCAGAAAUGUCCAGUUGACAAUGAAGUGCUGACAGAGGACCAGCUUUUUCCAGAUAACUUUGCCAAGAGGGAAAUCCUGUCUCUCACUGUGCGCUGCCGCAAUGCUGGCUGUAAUGAGAAAAUGGAGCUCAGACACUUGGAGAAUCACUUGAAGCUCUGUGAAUUUGCUACAGUACCUUGCCCCCAGUGUCAGAAGCCUAUAUGGAAGAAUAGUGUAGAGGAACAUAUGAGCAAGGACUGUUUACAGCGCCUGAUCACAUGCCCUGACUGUGCAGAGAGUAUCAUCUAUGCUGACAAACAGUUUCAUGAGCAGAUGUGUCCCUUUGUGAAUACAGUGUGUGAGUACUGUCACAUGGAUUUCAUUCGGGGUCAGUUGUCAUCACACUGUGCCACAGACUGCUUGAAAGCUCCUGUUGCCUGUACUUUCAGCAUGUUUGGUUGUCAAGAAAAGAUGCCGAGGAACGACCUGGCCCUUCACAUGCAGGAGUUUACACAGAUGCACAUGCGCUACAUGGCCGAGUUCCUGAGGAACCAGACUAUGAACGGCAUUCCCCCCACUCCAAAAUGUGGCCCUUCGUGUUCACCUCCAUCCGAGCAUGGCGCCUCUUCCAGGGUGGGAGAGCCAUGCCAGUGCAACCAGGACAUGCAGCAGCUACGCGAGACUGUUGUGGAACUUGAGGGCCGCCUUGUGCGCCAGGACCAUCAAAUACGGGAGCUGAGCAUUCGCAAUGAUACACAGCAUACGCAGAUAACGGAGCUACGCAAGAAGCUGGCGUUGCUGGAAGAGAAAAUGCAUGAGCUGGAAGCUCAGCAGUACCAGGGUGUCUAUGUGUGGCGUAUAGAGGGAUUCUCAGCUCAUCUGCACCAACAAGAAGCCGGACAACCAGUUGUGCUCCAUAGCCCACCAUUCUACACGGGAAGACCGGGCUAUAAACUGUGCCUGCGACUGCACCUGCAGACACCAAGCGCGCCACGUUGCUCUAAUUACAUCUCGUUAUUUGUGCAUACAAUGCAGGGUGAGUAUGACAGCCAGCUCCCAUGGCCCCUGCAGGGCACCAUCCGGCUGGCUGUGCUGGACCAGGCUGAAGGCCAACACCACAUUGAGAUAAUGGAGACCAAACCAGACCUGCAGGCCUUCCAAAGGCCCACAGUGCAGCGUAAUCCCAAAGGCUUUGGCUAUGUCACCUUCAUGCAGCUGCAGGCGCUGCGCCAGCGAGGAUUUGUCAAGGACGACGUGCUGCUGGUGCGCUGUGAGGUCAUGCCUCGCUGCGACACCAGCCUCAGGAGAGAGGGCGUGCAACCUCGAGGACCCGAACCAUCUCUCUGAGCAUGUCUUAAUCACGUUGCUGUUGCCCUACAUGUUCUCAGAGACACACCUUGCUAGUACAAAGCUUCCUUUUGUUUUAAAAGAUGAUUUUUACAUUACAUUUGUGUAUGAUUUUGAAGCAGUGAGCUAAAAGAACUAUGUAAAGUACCACAAACAACACAGUGCAUUGCUUUAGAAAUUGAGAACUGCUCCCAAUUAAUGAUUAAACAAGGGCAUCAUAGAUUCGACCACUGAGAGAAACCAGAAGUAUUAAGAGCAGCUCUAGGUGGUGCGCUGUGAAACCGAAUACCUGCUUCCUGUUUUUUUUUUUUUUUUAAAGUAUAAUUUUCUUAAUAAUCGAAUAGCAUUUUGUGAAUUAAUGACAUCCUCCUACAGGAUAUGGUGGUGUGUAGCAAAACUAAUACUUCUAAAAAACUAAUACUUCUACCCUGAUUGCACUGGAGAAAAUAAAACAGUUUCAACAGCCCCCUCUAUAAUUCGUAAUGAAUGUGCUGCCAUAAGUUCACUAUCACACAUACCACUAAUAGAAAGAAAUGACAAAAAUUACAGCUAAUUUCACUUGACAAAUAACAGAGUAACGUUUUCUUAGACGAGCAUUAUCCAGAAGGUAGUGUGUGAAGUCACAGCUCUAAAAAUAGAGUCUUUGGCUGAGCAGCAGACCAACAGAGCUAUUAAUCAUUAAGGAACGCACAGAAUAAACCAUGUCAAGUAUAUCUGUUUGUACUUAUUUGUAUUUUAUGGUAUUUGUAAUUAAUAUGGUUUUAUGUCACAUGUUGAACAUGAGAUUAUAUCUAGCUUCAAGAACCAACCUACUGUAUAUGUACCAACAUAUAUAUAAAAAUGCUGACAACAAUGACCUAAGACAUGGCCUAAAAUUCAUCUUAAUGACUUUCCCGAUUAUAAUAUUCUUUUGAUUGAUUUUUGAUACUUUUAAUUUUUGUGUGGCUAGUAUACCAUACAUUUUUAAUAUAUGAAAAAUAAAUUUGCAAGAUCCAUCUCA